GGCGAACGGUCGCACCUCCGAGUCCAGGUGCCAAACCAUGGCGGACACCACCGCAGCGGCCACCGAGAACCCUGGGGCGGGCAGCACCCGCCCCGUCAAGGCCAUCUUGGUGGCCGUCUUCUCGAUGUCCUUGGCGUUGGCAAUCUCCCUGGUCAUCGUGUUCCUAGUGAAGAACAUCCACCGACCUAAGUUCCACGGAGAGUUCCAGGCGGCUCACCUGUUCUCCUGGCAACGCCAGCGCUCGGGCUUCAUCUACACGUGCACCUCGGAGCACUGUCUCAAGGAGGGCGAGCAGCUCCAGAAGCACAUCGCCUGGACGCUCGACCCCUGCGACGACUUUUACGAUUACGUCUGCAGCAGCACCAAACCGGCGUCGUCCGUUCGCAAGUCGGCAGUGAAACACUUUCUACGCGAGAUUCACGACGUGAUCCGGAAGUUUUCCAAGUUAGGUUGGCUGAAGCGCACCAGUCUCACGAGCCAGGUGACUUCGUUUUACAGGGCCUGCAAAGCGGGGCCCCACAACGCUGCUCCAGAUGAGACUCGUCGGGUCAUGGCUUUGCUGAAGCUCGGGGGUAAGGACAGCUACGUGGAGGAUAGUUUGGCCAUGCUGGCGAAGGGGUUACAACUUUAUCCUUUCAUCCAUGUUUCUAUCACGAAAAAAGCGAGGAGUCAGACCGAAUGCAUCGUGCUUAAGAGGCCCGGAGACUUUGGUGGCGAUCACAUUUUUGACAUUCCGAACUCGUUUUCGAAGUCGUUUAUCGCCUUUGUGCGAAACAUGGUCGGCAGCGAGGAGGCCGCACAUAAUGUGAGGGACAUCGACAUCUUUCUGAAGAGAUUUUCGGGAUUGAGGAGCGAGAGCUUUCAGAAGCUGCCAGAAUACGAGACUACAACCUUACGAGGGCUGAAGUCGGAUGCAUGGGACUGGAGCAGGUUCUUGGGAGGUCUCGUCGAUCCCAUUGAGCCGGACCAGUGUAUUGUAGUUAGGUCGCCGGACUACUUUAGCCACCUUGUCAAGUUGCUAACGAAGUUUACACCAAAUCAGGUGCAAGACUAUUUGCGAUACAAGGUGAUGCUCCAUCUGCUACCAUUCAACAAGCUCCGAAGUGUGGCCUCCAGUGCAUCUUACGAGAACGUGAGCCGCGAGGUCUGUUCUCUUCUUACUUACAGACUGUACAACUACAUUUUUGUGAAGCAUUUCAACGAAACGGUGCGACUGGAUGUAAUUACCAGCGCGGGAAUGAAAGAGGCCAUUUUGAGAAAUUCAUACAGGAGCGUUCUUGACUCGGCAACUCAAAGUCCGAUGACAACCGUGAACAGCAUCGAAGACGAGAUUAUGUCCAUAAGCCCUAGCUACUUUAGUGUUAUGGACAACGUUGAGGACUACUAUUCCGCAAUCGCAUUUGAGACGGAUCCCAAAGAUAUCGUUGUAUCGUACGUCAAGAUGAAAGUCGCACUCUCCACCAACUACCUGAAACGGAUCCUCAAAUCUGGGGAAGUUAUCUACGACACCAACUUGGAACUUACGUCUCACUUUGACCCGGACACGAACGUCCUCGGCGUUCCGCUCUCCAUAGCUCCGCUGAUGCUAAAAGGAAGGGAGUUCUUUCUCGAAUCAUCCACCGUGGGCUUUGUGAUGACGCGCUUCCUCUACUACGUCUUCCAGGAGAAGUUCAUGUUCAGUUCAGACAGCGAGGCAGAAAACCUUCAGUACAUGAAGUCCUGCUUGGAACGCCAGUACAGCAUUAUCGAAGUUCCCGCCCUCAACAAGACCCUCGACGGUCAGCGGACUCUGAGAGAAAACAUGGCCGACAAUGUGGCCGUGGCCGUCUUGCACAGGGCCUACAAGACAUCACUACUUUUCUACAUCUCGACUAUGGACGCGCUGGGUUUCCAGAAUGUGUUUCUCCAUUUCGAGAACCUUCCUAGCGUGAGUUCGGAGCAGCUGUUUUACCUGAUGUUCGGUCAGUCGUUCUGCGAUCCAGAGGAAGACACAGCUAGAGUCGUGGAUGACGCCAUGUGGUCUCCAGCGAAGUACAGAGUGAACGUACCGCUCAGCAAUUACCAGCCGUUUGCAAAGGCAUUUGAGUGUAAACUGGGCAGCAGAAUGAACCCCAAGAAGAGAUGUCCCCCGCUUUAAUUCUGCACUUUGGAAAUAAAACAACUAGUUUCUUGUGCAA